AUGCCUGAGUCAGCCGAAAUGCUUGCUGCGGAGAACGUACGGAAAAAGGCCGUGUUGAAACGGGAGGAAAGCAUUAGGCGUAUUCGCGCGAUACACGACCUUGCGGUGCGGUGUGAAACUGAUUUGAGUUUGGUUGAUUGGUUAUCGCUUCUUACUGAUGAAGUCGAUGAUAUAUGGUCGCAAUUUACACUCGACAGUGAUGCGCUGGUCGACAGUCUAAUAUACUUGGGUUGA